CUCCUGUGUCGACCGGUGGGUGUGGCUGGGAGAAUCUGAACAUCGCGAGAGUCUGUACCUAACGUUGUCUGUUUGGACUAAUUGAGAAAAUGAUUAGCACCUGUUUUGUCCUUUAUAAAAAGGAAGCGUGCGAGAAUGCGGGGAGGCUUGUAUCAUUGGAGUGUUAUUACUGAAAGGAAGAAAGAUGGGUUUGCAGUUUAAAUCUGAAGCAACAAAAAUGAGCUCCAACCCGUGAAGAAGAAGCUGAAGAGGAAAAUAUAUCAAGGCACAUCCAAGUGGAUCAUGUCUAUCAUCAACAUGACGUGUGGAGAGAUUAAUUCCUCAGUGGGAUUUGUGCUCGUGAUUCUGUCUGUGAUUCUGAAUCAAACACUCAUUGAUUCUGAUUGUGAGCAGAGCUGGUAUACUGAGCAAAAGGACUCCGUGGCGGAUCGUCCGCGGAGGUAUCGCGGCUUCCGGAACGUAUCCCGUAUCGGCGUCCAUUUGAGCGCAGUGAUGGAUUCGCAACGAAGGUGGAUUGCGGACACACCGUGGCUCUGCUCUGCAUCUGCGAUUAAAACCAUACCUCCGCGGCGGUUGACAAUGGAGACCAUGUUCAGAGAAAAAUAUCAUGAUUCUGUUUGCAACAAUAAUGAACCGGAGGAUCUGGAUCAGACCAUUUAUAAACAUGUACACCAAGAUCAUCAGCAGCUGCCGAUUGAAUUUGGAGGAAACUUUCAUGGUCUUAAUUACAAGAGAGAAGCAAACGUUGAGAUUCAAGUACUACUGCAGAAGACUGAAGGACUGACGAUGGAGAAUGAAGGGAAAUUGAUCAAAAGGAGUAGCAGCAUGGACAUGCUUAUCAAUUUUUCAGAUGAAGGUCCGGAUGAGAUUGAUGAGAUUUCUGAGAUGAAAAACCAGAUCGGACUGGGAAAUACUCACAACACAUGCAGUGAAGCGCGCAGCAUUUACUUUGAACAGAACCGCUCUGAGAUUAAACCAUGGCCGGUCAUCUUUGUAAUUAAGUUAAAAAUAGUCAUUUGA